AUACCCGCUAAAUUGGAUAUCAAUCCCAAAUCUAGUAACUAACGGUCGUUAAAAGAUUCUAGGUACAUUUUUGAACGUUUAUGAACAGUUUGUAAAAUAUUAAUCCAAAUCUUUGCGAGCUGUACCGACGAUUUAGGAGUUUAAUAUAGUACUUUAAAUCCAUGGAAUGGCUUUCAUAAUCUACUAUUCGUUGUCUGUCUUUAAUUUAACGUAAACGUGACAUUUUUACGGAUGCGCGCAUCCAUUAUGAAUCGAUGAAAGCUUCAGUACUCAUCAUUCUUCCGGCAACCGUGUCGAGAAACCUGACGUCACGAAGAACCGCCGAAUGCAGACGAAACUUUUGUAGAGCGAUCCCGGUUGCCGCCGUUUUUCGUUUCCGUCGGAUCUAAAAUAAAUUAUCACCAUACUGUACUGACAAUCAACUUCAAAUUGCAGUUUAGGUGAACCAUAGCUAAUUAAUAUGACUAGAUCAAAAAUUGAAUUAGGGGAAGUAACGCCACAUAAUAUAAAGCAGCUGAAACUGCUAAAUCAAGUAGUAUUUCCUGUGUCUUAUAACGAGAAGUUUUAUAAGGAUGUUUUGGAGGCCGGAGAGCUGGCCAAGUUAGCGUAUUACAAUGAUAUAGUGGUGGGAGCUGUUUGUUGUCGAGUUGACACAUCGGAAAAUUCUCGACGUUUAUACAUAAUGACUUUAGGUUGCCUGUAUCCUUAUCGAAGAUUAGGAAUCGGAACUGUAAUGGUACAGCAUGUUUUAAACUAUGUCAAUAAGGAUGGUAAUUUUAACUCUAUAUUUCUGCAUGUCCAAGUUAAUAACGAGGGAGCGAUUGACUUUUACAAAAAAUUUGGCUUUGAAAUCGUUGAAACGAAGAAGCAUUAUUACAAACGAAUAGAACCGGCGGAUGCUCAUGUUUUACAAAAGACACUACGCCCAAGGAGUAAUACAAAUAAUACGACCAAUGUGAAUCAUCAACCUGCCAGUCAGUGAAUAGACUUUACAUGUUAACCCAUUUUUCCUUCAUUCUCUGUUAUUAAACACCAACAUCUGCUGUACAAAUUAUCAAAAAAAGAAAAAAGAAAGAAAGUUUAGUGCUUGUAA